CUAACAAUGCCACACGCCUUCGUUCAGAAACUUGUCCUUCCAGACGUGAAUCUUGGCAAGGAAGUGACGCUUCUGUUCACUUUCGAUGGCAACAUGAAAGGCAUCUACGAGCAAUUCUUUCCCGUAGUUUGUUGGCUCACCACAUUUGGGCAGACGGGCCGAUACAGGAUGCUUGCGACCUACACGAGCCAGCUUGCUUUUUCCAGUCGACAAGUUAACAACGGGAACAUUGUUGACGCUGAAUCCUGCGUGGAGAUCAACGACAGCGAAACAACCACCCUGACCGAGAAGCAUCGCGUCUUCCGGUUUUCUAACCCUGUUGAGGGAGUCGCUGGUUGCCUGGAAGCCAGGAAUGAGACUGGGUCCAUUCAGGACAUUUCACUCGGCUUCAUGAGCCCGGGAGAGUUUAUGCCUAAGCCAGUGCUCUACUUCAAGGACGUUGAAGACGGCAGCCGCGUCACGGCUAAGUUUACUCCGGUCCUACGUGCCUACAUCACGCCGAAUUAUGAAGGGACCGCGAUCUUGCAAAGCGCCAUUGACACCCCUGUGAUUUGGGAGCAAAAUCUCGCCGCGCUUUCUGAGUCCACGACGUGGAACCUCAAACGGGAUCCAGCCACUGGACGCUACACGAUCACCCAAGCUUAUCGGGGAAUGUCACACUGGGGCGCGUAGGUAUCUGCUGCCUGAGUUCUUCGCCUUUUAUCACGUCACUCAUCUCCCGAGAGGCUGUUGUACAGGUAUACAUUAUAAUGUAUUUAUAUACAGCAGAUAGAUUUCAUGUUGUUGGAUUCGCCCGAAGUAAACAGUGGAAUAAGCGAUUAUCCAGC